ACCUAACUUAACAAUAUAUGUAUACUCGCAUGCAGGAAUUUAUGCGAGUAUAUAUUUGAAGAAAUAUUAUCUAAUAUUUCUCUUACUCUGUAAAUAUCUCAUAAUAUCAUCAGCAUUGGAAUUGUCACGUAUUUCUCGUGACAAUUGUCACAGCAGGUGAAGACAAUUGCAAGUAUGGCAGCAUUAUUUCGUAUGAAUUGCGUACAAAGUUUGCGCAAGGGGUUAGCUCUGAUGACACCCAAAGAGACGACGAUAUGUCGCAGGAUAGCGACGACACCGAGAUAUCAUACUGAAGUUGACGAGAAGCCGGCUGUCAAGAGAAAGUGGGUGAGUUAUGGCUUCAGCGAGAAAAACGAAGCGGAAGAUCGUCAUACCCUGCACGUGACGAUGUUCGUCAUUGUAACUGUAGUCUUUGUGCUUGGAACCACCGUAAUGGCUUAUCUGCCAGAUGUAAGAGGCAGGGACUGGGCGCAGCGAGAAGCGUAUCUGCAGCUUCGUUAUAGAGAGGAAAAUGGACUUCCUCUCAUCGAUCCCAAUCUAAUCGAUCCAUCUAAAAUUGUACUGCCAAGUGAUGAAGAAUUAGGUGACACUGAGAUUAUUAUUUAAAGUUGUUGGUAAUGCUGAGAAUUUUUUGUUUGAAAUUCAAGUGUCGUUGCUGCCUACCUGUAUCAACUUAGUACUUGUUAUAAUAUUAAUAAAGGAUUAUGUGUAUAUAAUAAAUUCUGAUAUUACGGAUUAAAAUCUCUUUUCAAAUUGAUAAAACCAA